AUGAACAAAGAUCAACCAGAAGUGAUUCCGUUGUCGAGGUUCUUGAUCAUGCUCAUGCUAAUGCCACAGAAGAAUUUUUUGAAGAUGACUGGAGCAUUUUUUCGGUAUGACUCUCAUGGCAUUCUCGUGGCAUCAAUUUCUAUGAGGAGACGCCCAGCAACAAGACCGCCACGCCAUUGUUCAUGCUGUCACUUGAGUAUGUUACACUUUGGACUUGAACGAAGCAUGAAAGAGACAUCUCCAGUAUCAUUCCCUAUGAUGUCCGUCAAUCAACUUGUAAAAGUUGCAUUCCCCAGCAUAGGCAUAAUGUGCAUUUAA